GUGAGCGCGCGACUCAAAAAUAACAACAGGAGCAGCCCAAACUUCACUCUGUUAACUUCUUUUGUAUUUUCUCCAUAUUAUUCGUUCUGUAACAGGUGGUCUGUUUUAUAAUUGUGCAAUGGCCUCAAAGGGGAUAUCCAGGGCUAAUGAGUUUUAUAAUAUUCUUCGGUCUCUUCAAGAUGAGGAAAGCAGCAAUUCAUGUACAUAUGAGGAGGACAUCCAAAUAUUAAAGAUGAAUGCAGACAAAAUCCCUGUGCUAAAUAUAUACUGUGGCAACCAGCCAGUCUACAUCUGUGAAAAAGCUGUUCAAAACUUAAAUGAACCUGAUGAUCGACCAAUGACUGAUGAUGAUGAUAGGAUGAUGAUGAGGAUGAUGAUGAUAAUGCUGAUGAUGAUGACGAUGAUGAUGAUGAUGCUGCUGCUGCCAAUGCUCUCCUAACAGAAUUGGGACCACAGCCGCUCACAAUCAUGAAAGCAAGGCAGUUGUUGUCUUGGUACACAUUAUCUCAAAAUGCUAAUGUCUCAGCUGGGGACAAACACCCUGCCUUACACCCUCUGUGGGUGCGAUGUGACAUGUCUGAUCCAGCUAGAACAGCCUGGUUUGGAGCUGAAACAGUCUGCAUAGGCAAUAAAGUGUCUGGUGUCAAAUUAUACUCCGUUACCUGCAAAGGCUCAACUGUGGACAAAAAAACUCUUAUAACCUUGGACGAGCUUAAACAAGAGCACAAGAAAAGGCACCCCCCAUCCUCGGUGGUAAUUAAAGGCAGCGCCAGGUACAGCUUGUUUGGCUCCACCGUUGUUGAAAACACCAUGAUCGAGUCACGGAGUAGUGUGACGGUGGAUUUGAAAUGGAGUCAUGUGGAGAGUAUCCUUGAGACCCCACCCCUGUCCUCUACAGCAACACUGAAUAUCAAAGUUGCCAUCGGGGACGUGAGGAGCCCAAUGUAUGAGAUGUACAGGGAGCUAGAGUUUCUUCAGACUCUUGUUGACGGUUUGAGAACUGGUGAGACUGAAUGGAUGGAGCCUUUCGAAAGCACGUCUGCAGUAAAUCUGACCAAGGCCUUCCUAGAAGAGCUUCAGGGCACUGCGAAGGCACAUCAGGACCAGGCUGAAAAUACAGCUGAGACCAACAAGCCAAAGACUGAGCUGAACAUUUUCAACUCUUUCUUGGAACGAGGCGAUUUGGAUUUUGUGGAGCAGCUGUGGGUUCGGAUGAGAAAGAGUGUGACUUCAUAUGAAGAUAUUGGAGUCUGCCUGAAAUUGGUCACGGAAGCUCUAAGAUACGGUGACAUCAAACCCUGGAUUCACAGAGACAGCAGCAGCUCCCUCAGCAAGCUCAUCCUGCAGUCUUACCACCAGCAGAUCGAUCAGGUGACUCUCACAGGUGUCGCCCCUGUCCACAUGCUGGUAGAGAUGGGUCUGGACAAGAUGAGAAAAGAUUACAUUAACUACCUCAUUGGUGAAGAAUUGACCACUCUGAACCACUUGUGUUAUUACCUGAGCACAGAGGUUGAUCGGCAGGAGCAAGUGAUCCGACUCAGAAAACUGCACCACCUGCUGGAAAUAAUUGUGACCUGCAGUACUUUCCUGUGUUUGCCUUACGACCGGCUCUUCCUUCUCACACAAUUAUGUUUGCAGCACUACAAAACAUGCCCAUAUGAUGAGGAGCAUGAAUUCAAACUGCAAAUCAAACCUGCGCUGAUCAGCCACUUCUACCAGAAAGAGCACCCGUUAGUGUGGAGGGCCGAGGUGUCCAGUGGCCAUGGUCCUCGUGAGGUCAGGACAUUCGUACAGCUGAGCGACAGACCAAUGGUUGAUCAUGUCAUCUUUGAAACAGAUCACCCAAAUGAAACAGUGAAUGGGGACGGUGAGGAUCCUGCCUUCUUCUCCACCAUGGUGUGCUGCAGUCUCGUCAACUUAGCGUGAAUUUACACAGAGCACAACUUAACAACAAAGGAGGUGUUUAUUGUUAUUUUCAUGGGUUUUUUAAUUGCGUCUUUAUUAUCACAUUUGCAGAUUUUCUUUUCAAAUGUUCAAUAUAGCAGUUGAACGAGAUUUUGUUUUGCUGGACAACUCCAAACACAAAGUACAAAAGAUCACAAGGGCUGUUUGCGAUGGUAAUAUUCCACAGCAAUAUUGUAAUAAGAAAAUCCAACAUGUAGCAGGGCUAUCCACACUGUUUGAGUGUCCGGUUCUAAAUUCAUUAUAAAAGGCUAAACCAAAGUUCUUACAGCAAAUACUGUAUGCACAUCAAAUGACCGUAAGGAAGUCAGUCAUUAUUUUGAAAUUCAGCUAAAUUAAUGUAAUUAUGUCCACACAUUAUCCAUUAAAGAAAAUAUACACUUAAAUAUGAG